UUCUACUUCCUUCCGCCCCUGUAUGUGAUUGAGUUGAUGACACUAAAGCCCCCACGGUAAAACGUGUCUUAUAAUAGGAAUGUGAGUUUGCACCUAUGAAAAACAUUACCUUCCUUCCUCCGGACAAUGUGGGAGUGCAUCUGGUAGUCUGUUAGUGCCUUUUGUAAGUUGUAAGAUUGGUUAAUUGUACCGAUCGUUGUUGAGUUAUUGCUCGAAGGAAUGUGCUUCAAUGGAGAAUAUGAAGACGCUUAUGCACGCAUGUGGUAUUUCGAAAGUUUAUUUCGAACCUUAGAGCUCAUGUCCAACAAGUUCAUCAUGAAUGUGAAUGAAAUCUUAUAUCUUAUUGAAUUCGAGCCAGGAUGGCUUACGGAAUCGACUGAGGUGGAUAUGGACAUUGGACUAUUGACUAAUGAAUGGUUAAUUAUACCUAAAAGUUCUCAUGAACUUAUUCAUGAUUGUGAAAACAAUCUCUUGAUGAUGAAUGAAUAAUUACUGCUUAUCGAUUAAGGUGGAUUUGGACAAUCUUGUGGCCUGUCUUUCGAAUAACUCUUUUCAUUUUCACUUGUUUUUUUCUAUGUUUUACGUUCAUAAGGAAAGUGUAGUAAACCGUGUACGUGCAAUGUUAUUAUAGCGCUUCUCCUUAUUUGAGACGUUUUACAAAAUCAGUUUCUAGUACAUGUGAAAGUGGCCUUAUAUGUCAAUGAGUCCAUUUCAUAACUACCAAAUUCUCAGAGGUCUUUUCUACAAUUAUUGUAGUUGUUGUGCUUUGUCAUCUUGUAAAAAGUGUUGCAGACGGCAGACGACUUGAUCGGUCGUCGUCUCCUGGAAAUUUCGAGGUGCUUUCAUUUCAUACUCACUUCCUGGAAAUUCCGAGCUUAGAAAAUAUGCUAGCGUAAGGAGCACUCCAGUAGAAAAUAUACUCUGCUUAUAAAAAUCAGUAUGGGUAAUCUGCAUUUCAGAAAGCCUGGUUUAUUUUGAUACCACUGUUUCGAUCUUUUACUCUGAUCGAUCAUCAACACAUAUAUAGAUGGCUGGAGAGCUUGCUGCAGGGGGUGCAGUAGGACUAGCAUUUUCUUUGCUGUAUGAAGGCGUUAGCACACUUGUCAUCAAAUCUGAGCAGUUUAAACCCCUUCUCGAAGAGCUCAUAGUCACGUUAGACUACUUAAAACCACUGAUCAAACAGAUAGGAGCUGGUAACAGGGAACUGGAUCACCCAAAUGAAAGGGUAUAUUUUGAGAACCAAAUGGAGAAGGGCAAGAGGCUCAUUGACAAGUUGUCCAAAGUUGGUAGUUGGAAUUUGCUCAAGCCUUAUUACAGCAAUAAGCUUGUUGAAUUGGAUAGGUCUCUCAGCAAGAUGUUGCUGAAUCUAAUACCGCAGGGAGUAAGGGAUGGACAAGAUAUAUUGGUUAUGGUAAGGUCUAUAGAGCACAAGUUGAUCCAAAUGGAGCUGCAUGGUCAGGUACAAAAUCAAAAUGCACUUGGUGGUGGUGAAACUAGAGCUACAGAACCUUAUCCACCAUCUUUCCCAAUUGGAUUGGAUAAGCCUUUAAGGGAACUGAAGAUGAAGCUUCUUAACGAUGAUCGAGUUUCAAUGCUUUCGGUCACUGCUCCUGGAGGGUCCGGGAAAACAACUUUGGCCCAAAUGUUUUGUCAUGAUCGGGAAGUCAAAGGUAAGUUCAGCAACAGGAUCUUCUUUGCAACUGUUUCGAACAAACCCAAGUUAGAUUGGCUGCAAACAUCUCUGCAGCAAUUUCUAAAGGAAGUAGAAGAAAAUGAUGCACUGUUGGUCCUGGAUGAUGUUUGGCCUGACUCAUCAGGAACCCUUCUUGAAGAGUUAUAUCAACUCAGCGAAGGAUCAAGUUGCAAGACUCUAGUCACAUCAAGAUCUUUUCCAAAAUAUGGUUCUCAUUAUACUUUAGAUCCAUUGACAAAUGAUGAGGCAAUGACUCUUCUCAAGAAUUCUACAUCCCUGGAUCAUUCCUCUGGUACUUUAGAUGAACUUCUGAAACAGAUAGUAAAGUACUGUAAGAGAUCUCCACUUGCCAUUACGGUGGUUGGAAAAUCACUUGUCAAGGGUAGUAUAGAGAUUUGGAAAGAAAAAGUAAUAGAAUGGUCUAAAAGUCCUUCUAUUCUUGAUGAGUAUGAUAUUUUGCGUGUCCGCCUCCAAACCAGCUUAGAUGUUUUAUGUGAAAAUAAGCCUAUCCUCAAGGAAUGUUUCAUAGACCUUGCUUCAUUUCCCGAAGACGGAAGAAUCCCUGCUGGUGUGCUCAUUGAUAUGUGGUCAGAGCUACAUGGGCUACAUGAAGAUGAUUUGUCUAUUGCGAAACUGCAACACCUCAACAAUCAUAAUCUGGCCAAAAUUGUUGUCAUAAGCAAGGAGAACGGGUAUGUGGAUACCUGCUACAGUGAGCAGUUUGUUACGCAGCAUGAUAUGCUUAGAGAGCUGGCAUUGCAUCAGAUCCGUCAGGACCCGGUAGGAGAGAGCAAAAGACUAAUUAUAGACAUAUGUGGAGAUGAUCUUCCGAAACGGUGGACACAAAAGAAGGAUAAGCUUAAGGAAACUCGCUUGUUAUCUAUAUCAACUGAUGGAGAGUUCUCAUCAAAAUGGGACCACAUGCAUCUACCAAAAGCUGAGGUUCUGAUUCUGAAUUUUCAGACAAAGAACUAUACCUUGCCCAAGUUCAAUAGCAAAAUGUCCAAGGCAUUGAAGGUUGUAAUAGUCAGAAAUAAUGGUUUAUCACCUGCAGAAUUAAGUAAUUUAGACCUAUUGAGUUCCUUACCUAAUCUGAAGAGAGUCAGAUUAGAGCGCAUUUCCAUUUCUUCCAUAAGUUUGACCAAAAAGAAGUUGAAAAGUCUGGAGAAGAUAUCUAUGUUCAUGUGUAACAUUGGUCAACCUUCUAGCAACAAUUCCAUCCAAUUUUUUGAGGCAUUGCCAAAUCUUUUGGAGAUAAACAUCGACUAUAGCAAUGAUUUGAAGGAAUUGCCUGCUGAACUCUGUGAUCUUAAGUACCUAAAGAAGCUUGUUAUCACCAACUGCCAUAACCUAUCUGCCUUGCCUGAAGAGAUUGGAAACCUGAGCAAGUUAGAAGUCCUAAGGCUACGGUCUUGCACAAUGCUGGAAACUUUAAAGGACUCAAUUACGAACUUCAAGAACCUAACCUUUCUCGACAUAUCUGAUUGCUUCAGCAUUAAGGAGUUGCCUGAAGACAUUGGUCAGCUGUGCAAAUUAAAGACGAUCAACAUGAGACAGUGCACCAGAUUGCAGGGGCUACCUACAACAAUCUGGGAUCUUGAGAAUAUAUUAGAGGAAGUGAUAUGUGAUGAAGAGACAGAAGAGUUAUGGGAACCUUUCAAAAUGAUCAAAAACUUGCGCAUAACAAUGGUCAAAGAAGAAUUCAACCUACGUUGGCUCCAUGGUCAUUGAUCUUGAUCUUGAGCCAUCUCAGUUUGGGGUAAUGUCCUGUUGAGAAUAUGAUCCCACAUGCAAUAAUGAGGAUCAUGCCUAUGAGUUUGUAAGGAUUUGGAAGAUCAUUUGGUUUUGUUUGUGAAGUUUCAUCAUUUGUUUUUUGGCAAAAAUAAUCUGGAGUGAUGUUUCAUUUUCAAUCUA